AUGUCUGUUAUAAAAUAUCCCAAUGUACGGCUAUACUGGUCAAAUACUGUAGGUUUUCAACCAAUCAAGGACAUAAUGACUGUCAACAGAUUUGAGACUAUUCGUAGAUUUCUACAUUUCAACAAUAACGAGAAACAUUUACCCAAGGAACACCCACAACAUGAUAGGCUCCAUAAGAUAAGGCCUAUAAUUAACCAUCUAAAUGAAAAAUUUGCUUUAGUUCCUAUGGAACAAAGACUCUCAAUUGAUGAACAGAUGUGUGCCACGAAAGUGGCACACUUCAUGAAGCAGUAUUUACCUAAUAAGCCCCAUAAGUGGGGGUUUAAAUUAUAUGUGAUGUGCAGCGUGAAAGGUUAUGCUCAUAAAUUUGAAAUAUAUACUGGCCAAGAGAAUGAACGGCUUCCAGAUGAACCAGAUUUUGGGCCAGUGGGAAAUGUUGUAGUCCGGCUUGCUAGAGGUGUCCCAAGGCAUAUAAAUCAUAUAAUUUAUUUUGAUAAUUUUUACACCUCUGUACCUUUAGUUACCUAUCUUGCCAAACAAGGAAUCUAUAGCCUAGGUACUGUCCAAUCUAACAGGCUAGUGAACUGCAAACUGCCGGACAAAAAAACAAUGAUGAAGAAAUCUGUUCCUCGUGGAACUUAUGAAGAGCAGAUGACUGAAUUUGACGGUAUUGAUGUGACAGCAGUUACUUGGAAGGACAAUAAAGUUGUAACUUUUCUAUCUUCGUAUGUUGGAGCUGAACCUGUGGGCCAAGUAGAAAGAUUUGACAAGGCAAAUAAGACUAGAAUUAAAAUUUCAUGCCCACAUAUAAUUAAGGAAUAUAAUGCCCAUAUGGGUGGAGUGGACCUAAUGGAUAGCUUUAUUGGGAGGUACCGAAUUGCAAUGAGAAGCCGAAAGUGGUAUCUUCGUAUCUUUUACCACUUAUUGGACAUGACGGUAAUAAAUUCUUGGCUUGUGUAUAAAGAUUUAAAAAUAACUGAAGCCAAUUCAUCAGUUCUAAACUUAUGUCACUAUAGACUGGAACUAGCUGAGGACAUAAGAACUGAUAAUGUUGGUCACUGGCCUGGUAAUUGUGUUCGCAGCAGAUGCAAAAUGCCUGGAUGCAAGGGAUACACGCAAACAAGGUGUGAGAAGUGUGGAGUAGCUCUUUGUCUUACCACGACCAAAAAUUGUUUUAAAAAUUUUCAUAUGUAG